AUGCCAAAUAAAAAUCGAAAAGCUCAACGAGCCGCGCAACGCGCAGCAGCAGCAGCAAGUAACAACAAUGAAAAUGAAGAUGCAAUUGACAACCCUACAUCCACUACUGCAACAUCUGUCCUUCAAUCAUCACCUUCAACUCAAUUGGUCAAUGUCGCAGGGCUCGUUGAAAAUGCUCCAGUGACUAAUCCGCCUCUAUCAUCUGCCACACUAAAGUCCGCAUGGACUCCUCAAGCACCACCAGCAUCAGCAGUUCAGCCUAAUGCAACUGCUCCUCCUCAAACUGUUUCAUCUGAACCAUCGGCUGUCCCAAAACCGACACCAGAUCAACGAGCACCAUCUCAAGCUGAACUAUCAGCAGUUCCAAAACAAGCCUGGGCUUCGAAAUUUUCUCCUCAAUCGACAACCUCAGUUACUCCAAAGCCAGCAGCACAAAAAUCCGAACCAUCGGCUGUUCCGAAAGCGACAGCAAAUCCCUUGUCUCAAGGAGCCUAUCGUACUGAUCGUGCUGCCAGUGCAUAUCCAAUGGCAAGAGAAUCGAUUUCAAGUUUAACGACGACGGAUUCUGGUAUUUCUUUGAGACAAUCACGAUCUCAAAGUGUUAUCUCAAACAGAGGAGGAGGAGGACGACGCCUUUUACUGUCCGCUGUCCCUGAUACGGCCAAUUUAACUCCAAUGCUUCGCCCAGAUGCGGGUGGAAGCAAAGGUCGACCGAUCUCUAUCUACACUAAUCAUUUUCCGGUUCAGAUCGAUUACAAUGCAACGGUCAAUCAAUACGAUGUGGAAAUAAUGUUGAUUGAUCAAGAUGGUAACCAACGUGUAGCUCGAAAAGACGAACGUUGGAAAGUAAUGCAACUGAUUGUUCAGAAAAAGAAAGAUUUUCCUGUUGUUUGGUACGACGAAGGUAAAACAUUGUAUACGCGUGAAUUAUUACCAGACAUAACCAAACCAAUUCGAGUACAAAUGGAACGAGAUACUCAAAUGAAAACAUUUCAAUUGACCAUCAAAAAUCUUGUUCGACAGGAAAUGAUGGAAAAUAUUCUGAAAUUUGUCAAGAAACAACUUCGCACUCGACCACGAGAAGCAGUUCGUGUUAUUGAAACACUUUUUAAACAACGUGCUCGAAAUGAACUCGUCUGUGUUAAAAAUCAAUUCUACAAUCGAAAACAAACGCUAGAUGAUCUUCACGAUGGACGAGGAAUGGCCAAAGGUUUUUAUCAAGCUUUGUUUCUAACACGACUUGGUCCAACACUCAAUGUUAAUCUAACAUUCACUUGUUUUUAUAUGCCAAUGAAUUUUAUUCAAUUUGCUUGUGAAUAUUUACGUGAAGACAUUACAAAAGGAUUUCCAGAUUACAAAGUCAAAGUAUUCAGACAAAUCAUUCGGGAUCUUCUUAUUGAAACUGAACACACUACUCGAAAUAUUCGUUAUAAACUCCAUGGAUUCGGUCGUCCUGCUAAUCAGUUGGCGUUUACUCCUCGUGAGGCCAGUGAAGAAAUAUCAGAUUCAGCGCCAACCUUACAGGAAAUUACUGUUGAGAAGUAUUUUGAACAAAAAUACAACAUCAAAUUGAAAUAUCCACAUUUACCCUGUAUCGAUGCACGAAGUGGACCAAUGAAAAGAGCGAAUUAUCUACCAAUGGAAAUGGUCAAAGUUGUCGAAUGGCAACGAGCAUUGAAACCGUUAGAUACAACUCAAAGAGCUCGUACCACCAGUAAAUCGAUUAUUAAACCAGAUCAACGAUAUAAGGAAAUCAUGAAUAUCAUGGAUUCCCGUGACUUCGAACAAGAUCCUUAUCUAAAACAAUUGAAUAUUCAUGUUGAUAAGACAGAAAUGUUGCAAAUCAAAGCACGAAUUCUUAAUCCACCGGAAAUUCGAUUUCGUCAAGGUCAAGGUCAAAAUGAAAUCGUCGAAUCUGUUAACGUCGGUAAAUGGAGAAUCGGUCGAAACCGAUUCUAUCAAGCACCGGAAAUUAAAAGUUGGGGUUUGAUCUAUUAUGGCCAUAAUCCAAAUCAACAGAUGAAUAAAACUAUCGAUGAUUUCGCUAAUCAAUUACCUGAAUUGUUGAGACGCAAAGGAUUUAUCAUUCGAUCAGACUUGAAAUUAGUUCCGAUCAUAGAGACAUCCAAUAUUGAAAAACCUUUGACUGAAGGAAGCAAAAAAGGUUGGCAAUUGGCUAUUGUCAUUCUCAAUACGGAUGCUAGUCAAAGCUAUAGUGAUGUCAAACAAAUUGGUCAUCAGAAAUUAGGUUUACGAACACAAUGUAUCGAUUGGAAAGCAUUGUGUAGAAAUAUGGAUAAACUUCAUAUGUAUGUGGAAAAUCUUAGUCAAAAGAUCAACGUCAAAUUGGGUGGAAUCAAUAGUAUCGUCAAUACGAAAUUAGCUUUGACUCAAUCAUCUCGAAAUGAUCUCUUUAUGUUCUUUGGAGCAGAUGUCACGCAUUCGACUUCGUCGACUGACCGUCCAUCGGUAGCAGCAGUAGUCGCUUCCCGUGAACCGACUAGUAGUCUCUAUGCUGCUCGACUUUGUGAACAAUAUCCAAAGAAAGGUCGUUGUUCUAUUGAAAUCAUUAAAGAACUAGACAAAAUGGUCGAAGAUUUACUUCGAGUCUUUGCUAGAACAUGUAAUGGACAUCUACCGAAUAAGAUCGUCUUUUAUCGCGAUGGUGUUGAUGAAGGACAUUUCGAAAAAGUCCUUGGCAAUGAAGUGAACAAAAUCAAAGAGGCUUGUCGAAGAGUUUAUGGAAAUCGUCCAUUACCAUCAGUAACUUUUAUCGUGGUGAAAAAGCGUCACAAUACCCGUUUCUUUCUCUAUGAGAAUGGACAAACGCUGAACGUUCAACCGGGUACGAUAGUCGAUCAAGAUAUUACUCAUCCGUCUCAGUUCGAUUUUUAUCUGUGUUCACAAGCAGCGCUAAUGGGCACCGCACGUCCUACACUCUAUCAUGUUCUUCAUGAUGAUGAUAAUAAUAAAUUCAGUAGUGACGAUAUUCAACAAUUAACCUAUUGGUUAUGUCACACCGAUAUGCGUUGUACAAAAUCUGUGUCAAUUCCUGCACCAGUCUAUUACGCUCAUUUAGCUGCUUAUGGAUCGCGAUCGCUUGACUUCGAUGCAAACCAUCCAACACACAGUGAUGGAAAUGAUAAAGAUAAUAAUGACGAUGAAGAUGUCGAUGAUGAAGAUGAUCCAACAAGUUAUUCUCUUGAAGAUAUCAAAACCAAAGUGAUGAUAUUUGAUCCGAAAGUGGCUAAUGAUAUGUGGUUUAUCUAA